AGGAAGACAUAAGGUAGUUGGGGGGAGGAGUUAAUUAGGUGGGAAAGUUAAAAAGUGGGCUCCACUAACGGUGCAAUUGGACGGAAAACGUUAAUGGGUAGUGCUACCCAAACGUUUUCAAACUUGCGGGUAGUUGUAAACAAAUAAAAAAAAGGGAAAUUUGCCCAAAAUAACACGAACUUUGGCCGGUUCGCCAAUAAUAACACCACCUUUGAGUUAUUCCAAAAUAACACCAACUUUGGGGGGUGUCUUCCAAAAAUGGUACAAAAAAAAUGGUAACCGGAUUUAGGAGGUAAUAUUGCUGACGUGUGUUAUGUCUUUGCCAGGUUGUGCGUUGCUUCCCCUUAACCAUCGAACGUGUAAUUAAAUUUUGCACACCUAACUCCUGUCUCCCUCUUUAAUUCAUUUCCCUCCAUAUUUCACUCUCUUUCUUCGUCUUCGAACCAUUUUAUCAGAGGAUCUCAGAGCAUAUUCAAUUCCUCAUUUCGUCAUUUCCCUUUGAAAUAAUCAGAACUCAAUUCCGAAAUUCUACUGCUCCCAAAGAAAAUUGCAUUGAAGUGAAGUGAAGAGAAGAGUGAAAAAGUUGCGAUCUUUGGUUCCCAAAAUGCCCAGAAAGACGAAGAAGAAAGGGUCUGCUGCAAAUACUCAUGUUUUUGAUAAUGUGACUGUUCGAUUCUGGUAUGGGGGUCAAUUUAAGCAUGUUCGUAAUGGUGAAAUGGUGUAUAAGGGUGGGAGUUAUAUUAACUUUGAUGUUGACCCAGAUGAACUUUGUUACUGGGACUUAAGGGAUUAUGGUAGUAAGUGUGGGCUUGCUCAUGUGGAUGCUUUGUUUUACCAAAUGCCUGGGUUAAAUAUUGAGAAAGGUUUGAGAGUAAUUCAAGGGGAUGCUGAGGUGUUAGAGAUGGGUAAGUUAGCUGUUGUAAAUAGGAGUAUUGUUGUGUAUGCAGUUCAGUUUGAGAGAGAAGUGGGAGAAGGUUCAAAUGCUGAAGUUGUGGAAGUUGAUGUGGGCAACACAAGUCAGAAAAGUACUUUGUUGAAUGCUGACCCCAAAGUUACCAUAUCCAAAACAACAGGCAAGGUACUUGAGAAACCCCCACCCAAACUGAACAAAAGAAAAAAAUUGACCACAAGGAAGGGACCACAAACACAGGUGGUGAAACCCUCAUUGACUGAAGAAGAUGCUUCCACUUCACCUAUAAAAGCAUCUACCACAUCACCCAAAAAAACAUCUAUAACUUUACCAGAAAAAGCAUCUGACCUUCCCCAAAAAAAAACAAAAAAACAGACUCAACCCCCCUUGAAAAUCACUUCAGAAACUCAACCCUUCACUCAAAACCAGUCUCUUCAUCUUUCUCAAUUCCCAUCCUUAGAGUUUGUUUCUACUGGUGAGUUGCCUGAUGUUAACACAGAUUUCAAUGAUGAAUUUGAGUGGGAGGAUGACAGACCAGAGAGCCCUUUGAAAUGGAAUGAAUUAGUUGCUGAUGAUGAGUCUAGUGAUGACAGUGAUCCAUUAUAUGAUCAUGAGUAUCAGAAGUUUUGUGAGGGUGGGGAGUUUGAAGAUGAUGAUGAAGAUGAUUUUCAGUUUGAGGUAGAUGAGAGCAUAGAGAAAGAGAAGGAAGGUGAUUUUAGUCUAUCUGACAUAGAUCUAGAAGGUGAAGGUGAAGAUCUAGAACAAACUGAUUUCUUUGAAGAUGAAUCUGAUGACAUUGAUGAUGAGAUUAUUGAAGCAAGGGAUAGAGUAAAGAGGGUUAAUACAAAGUUACUUGAGAUAGUGAAGGGAUUGCAAGAAAAAGUUUGUAAGGAGAAGGAGAAGGAAAAGGCAGUUGAUGAGGAGAGGGAGUUUGAAGUUGAUGAAGAGAGGGAGAACUCAGUUCAUGAAGAGGUUGCAAGGGAUGUAAACCUAAGUGACUGUGAUGAAGAUAAUGACAUUGAUACACCACCUGGUAGUAGUGAUGAAUUAGAAGGGAAAAAGGGAGAGUUAGUGAGCCAUGAAACUGAUUUCAGUAAGUUUCAUUGGAAGGUUGGUCAGAGGUUUGCUAAUGCCAGUGACAUUAAGGAUGCUGUCACUAAGUAUGCUGUAUUACAGGGUAGAGAUCUAAAGUAUAGUGUGAGCUGGAAAAACAGACAAAGGUUGGGAGUGAAAUGUGUUGGUGAAUGUCCAUUUUAUUUAUAUUUUUCUGUGCAUUCUAGAGAUGCAACUUGGCUAGUGAAGAGAGUAGUUGGAAAUCACACAUGCCAUAGGAACAUGAAUAGUAACAGGCAGUUGAAGUCCAGUUGGGUGGCUAGGCAGUUGCUUGAUGUGUUCAAAGCUAGGCCACAUUGGCCAGCUAAGGAGAUUGUAGACACUGUAAGGAGGUCUUACAGAAUGAUUGUCAGUAGAGAUUUUGCUUACAAAGUAAAAUACCAUGCACACAAGAUGUUACAUGGCUCUAUGAAAGAGCAUUAUAUGAAGGUGGAGAGGUACUUGAAGGCAUUGAAGGAAGCAAGUCUUGAAACAGUGUUGGACUUGGUAGUUGCUCCACAACCUCAGAGUUCUACCCCAAUGUUUAGUAGGAUGUUCACUUGCUUUGAUGGAGUUAAGCAAGGGUGGACAGCAGGGUGUAGGAGAGUGAUAAGUGUGGAUGCUGCAUUUUUGAAGACAUUUCUUGGGGGUCAGAUAUUAACUGCUGUUUCCAGGGAUCCCAAUGAACAGUUGUAG